AUGGCUGCGGCAACAGCUACCCUCUUGCCCACAGCCGCUCCGGACCUCGUCAAUAUGGACCAACGAUUGCCUCCCAUCACCUCCUCGUCGGCGGACGCCAAUGCCGCCGCCGCCGCCAAGUCACUCCGCUCGCAGAGGUCUGCUCCCUCGCCCUCCACCCCAACAUCCGCCUUUCGACUUCGCGCAACCCAAGAUUCGCCUUCCAUCCCACAUCGUCGUAUCUACAACAUUGACGAUGAUGCAAACUCGAGCCCGUCUCGAUCCGCUGCUGCGCCCAUCACACCGUCCCAAUCUGCCAAUGCUUCGCCUACCAAAACACCCACUCGUCUAGCUGCUCCUCCGCUUCCCGCGAGUCCCGGCUCGCCGACUCGCCCAUUGGCUCACAAGUCUUCAGCAGAGCGUCGAAGCAAGGCCACCCGCAAUCAGCACCUCACCAAUCUCGAAGCCGCAUCGCUUUCCACACCCGAGCUUCACCUCGCUUCGGAUCCCAUGCUCGAUACCGAAGAACCCUCCUUCUUGCGCAAGCUCGUUCGAGGCACUCGAACACAGUCGAACGAUGCCAUAUCCGGUGCAGGGAGAAAAGCACAAACCAAAGCCAAGUCUCGCUCGAUCAACGCCUCGCCACGAGCUGGUGCACCAUCGUUGCCUGCUUACGCCAGCUUCGGAGCCGCAAUGAGCGUCGUCGACUCUCAGAAAGAUCAGCUUGCGUACCGCGCCGCUCUCGAGGGGCAACGUUCCCGUAAACACAGCACCGCCACCUUGCGAAGUGCCGACGUAGAGACCGGAUCGCCGUCAUGGGCACACAAGAAUCUCAGCACCGACACGCUAGCACCCACAAAGGGCUACAGCACGCCUCCUUCUCCUACCAAAGCCGGUUCAAAAUCUUCUGCGGAUACACCACUUGCACGCACUCAGAACGACACGGAGCCCGCCCCGAGGCCCAGAUACGACAGCAGCGCGUUGGUGCCACGAUCUUCUACCGACGUUUCGAGCCGGACAAGCGCUGAUACCGCCGGUUCCGGCGCCACUCUCGUUGCCGAGACCAGCUUCACCAUGCUUUCUGACGUAUCAUUCGGGAUGUCUGACCUCGCAGCACCUCAGGCCGCGCUCGAUAGCAUCCGCAAAGCUCGUUCCUUCAUGAUUCGUGAGCUCACCCGUCUCACCGAAGAAGAGCGUGGACUCGAUCGGCAGCGCAUCUCAGCACUCAUGUCGCAGGAAAAGCCCGAAGCUCAGGAACCGAGCAUCGAGGCGUCACGCUUUUGGAGCGCUAUCGCCGACGGAGUGCUUCUGUGUCUGCUGGCGAACCGCUUGAGGCCAGGCAGCGUCGAUCGCAUCGAUCGCAGAGACAUGGAAUGGGUCAGGGCCGACAAUAUUUCCAGGUUCUUGAGAGCAGCGCGCGAUCAGCUUGGCCUGCGUUCCAAGGACCUCUUCCAAAGCUUCGAUCUUACCGACGGCACCGUGGAGGGUCUGCUUCGCGUCGUUCACACCCUGCAAGCCACAGAAAAGAAGAUCAAGCGCAACUCCAAGGUGGCGAGCGCUCGUGCCAAUGUCAUCAAGAUCGAGCCGAGGACCACUUCGAUGACGCCGCCGUCCACUCCACGCGCCCACGACCGUAGGAUGCUCGCGGCCGGCAAUGGCGACCUGGACCGUCUUCACAACAGCUCGGAGCUGUCGCUCAACGAAGACACCCCGAGAAGGGCCAUGAUGACCAUCCAGGAAAACAGACAAGAAGCGGAACGCAUCCUCAUGGGCAAGGCCGAUUCUGCACGCCUCGAAUCCUCGUCCGCCGACUACAAGCGUCGCUCAGCCGAGCUCGGCUAUCCGAGGGCGAAAGGCUCGUCUAUCACCUUCGCCGACUCGGUCAAGCAGAACAGCUAUCACGGCGGCGAGGAGGGUCGAAUGCCAUACCGCGACCGCAAACUGAGCGAGUCGGCCAUCAGCCUCACGGGUGUCGUCGAGGAGCCUGAGGAUGGCGUCGUGGCCAACGGAGACUCGAUCUCCAUGUCCACUGCAGGGUCCUUCUCAAGCACUCACUCGGCAUCGAUGGAGCGAAUUCAGGGCAGGAGAGGUAGCAGCGAGUCGGAGAAAUCCACCAAGGGCUUUGCUAUGAAGGCGCCGCCGCUCUUGCGCAGCACGUCUCAGAAGCGUAUCAGUCAGGAGCUGGCGCUCGGUCAGCUUCCGAGGGCUGUCAUCGGUUCCACCGAAAAUCUCGACGACUACAUCUUUGCCUCGGGCAGUCCCACCCGGCAUGCUCCGACAAGGCGUCACAGCGCACGCCUCUAUCCGGGGCCCUCGCUGCUCAACCCAUCGCGCGAGUCUCUUCUCAACCUUGCAUCUCCGUCCAACGUGGAGCCCGAGACAACGCCUCGAGUCCCCUUUCCCCGCGGGGCCAACGAUUCUCCAGGCGCUCGCAGGAUGGCGCGUCAUCUCUCCAUGAACGGUGCAGGUACCGAAAGCUUUGCGCAGGCUUCCGGUUCUGCACCGGGCUCCAACAACAACAACGGUGGCAGCAGCUCGCCCAAGAUGGCUACUCGGCCUCAGUUCCGGCACAUGCGGUACUCGUCCGAAAUGCACCUUCCCCUGAUGCAUCGACCGCUGUCGACGAGCGGACGCUCUCCAGAUCCCUCCGUCGAUGAGCGUUCCUACAUCUCGACAUCGCGCAGCCGUUUCGAAUCCGAGAUGGGGUCCAUCUACAACAACACGCUCGGAAGUCAAGCCACAGACGACUUUGGAUCCGCACCGACUCGCGGCGGUCGUGGUGCUAUCCACCCUAGCAGGAGGCUGGUCGUUGUAGAGGAAGGCAAGCCUGACAUGGUCCUUCACGUCGGGAAUUGCAUCGGCAAAGGUCAGUUCGGCUCUGUCUACAAAGCCAUGAACAUCAACACGGGAGCGAUCCUGGCUGUCAAGCGGAUCAAGCUGGAUGGACGCACCGAUGCCGAAGUCGAUGACUUGAUGGGCGAGGUCGAUCUCAUGAAACGACUCGUCCACCCAAGCGUGGUCAAGUACGAAGGCUUCAUGCGCGAUGCCGAGUUUGCCAACAUCGUCCUGGAGUAUGUCGAGAACGGCUCGCUUCAGAACACGAUCAAAUCGUUUGGCAAUCUGCCGGAGAGACUCGUCGCCAGCUACGUCGCCAAGAUGCUCGAGGGCCUCUACUAUCUUCACGAGCUCGGCGUCGUCCACUGCGACCUGAAAGCGGCCAACAUCUUGACCACCAAGAACGGCAAUGUCAAGCUUUCGGAUUUUGGUGUCUCGCUCAACUUGGUCGCUGUCCAAAAGGCGAAGAAGAACGACGCGAUCGGCACCCCCAAUUGGAUGGCACCCGAAGUCAUCGAGCUCAAAGGCGUCACGACCGCUGCCGACAUCUGGUCUCUGGGUUGCGUCAUCAUCGAGCUGCUGACCGGCAAGCCUCCCUACUGGGACAUGCUGGCCAUGUCAGCCAUGUUCAGGAUCGUUGAGGACGACUGCCCGCCCAUCCCGGAGACAUUCUCGGAGGACCUCCGCGAUAUGCUCAAGCAAUGCUUCAACAAGGAUCCCACCAAGCGCCCGACCGCCGAGACGCUCUUCGAGCACAAAUGGAUGCAGCAGAUCUGGACAAAUAGCAAGGAGCUGCGACCGCAGGAUAGCGUUCCUUUCCUGCGUCGCAUCAGCGUCGGUGCUCGUCGCUUGGACCCUCGCAUGUUCGACGAGGGCAACAAAGCUGUGCAGCCUUCGAUCGAGAGGUCGACAUCUUCGCCACCUCCUGCCAUGCAGCGACCGGGCCUUGACGGCCUGCGCGCCAACACCUCUCCUGCGGGCGCUGCAGCCAUCGUCGUUACUGAGGCGACGAACGACAGCUCCCUUGCAGCCUCUUCGCCCACCGCCGAGAUGUCCUCGCUGCCGGGCCUUGACACUUCAUUGUCAACGCCCCUACCCGUCAGCCCGACCACGCUGACGCCCACCGGCGAGACCUCCCUCUUCGAUCUGGGUCUCAUCACGGACGAGGAAGGAAAGGCCCACGCCUUCGUCAAGAGCACUUUCAGCAAGGCGGUGGUGUGCAAGAUCUGCCGCGAGCCGGUCAAGAAGCACGCCGUGCUGUGCGAAGAGUGCGGUCUCGUGUGUCAUGCGAGGUGCGCCGUCCACGCUCCUUCGCCAUGCGACCUGCGUGCCCAGCUGUUGCUGUUUCAGCAGCGCGGCUCGCAGGACCAUGCCAGCCCCAUGUCGUCGGCCGUCCAUCUGGGCCCGGUAUCGCCAGCGCUCAGCAGUUCUGCCUCCAAUGUCGCGGCUCCGAUCCACUUCCGAUUCCCCUUUGGGAUGAAGCGUCAGUCGAAAUCGCCAACGGUGGAGUCGCCGCCGGCUCUCGGGCUUGCCAUGGCUCCCAGUUCCGACGCUGAGGCGCCGAACGCACCGCCAUCGCCGCCAAGUCGGCAGGGCGCGCUCGGGAGCAAGCCGCCUCGCGACCAGACUGCGGUGCGCAAGCGUCGCAUCUCGCUGAUUCCGAGUCGACAGCGCUCUCCGUCGCCGCCUUCAUCCCCAGCGCUGCUGGAGGCGACCGAGGCGUUGCGAAGUCCCUACGGCACUAGCGCUGGUCACGGCGUAAGGAGGCACAGCUCGAUGAGCUACGGCAGUAUCAGUGGUGCGAGCAGCAUCUCGAGCACCGGCGGCGCGGUUCUCGUCGGCCAUCCCUCUAGCUCGCGAGGCUCGUCGGCGCAUCACCCAUCGCUCGCAUCCGCAGGUGUCACUGUGCCCGUUUCACCCGCCGAACCGCCUACGCUGGCGGAUCGCGCCCGGCGCCGCAUCAGCUCGGGUGUUGUCUACGGCACGCCCGCAAAGACGCCUCUGGCGAGUAAAAAGACAGCCAAGGGUCUUUCUGCAGGUCAGGCCACGCCUACCCCACAGUCGGCAAUGGACCGUAAAAAGUCCCGUCGCGUAUCGGCCAAGGCCGACUGCACGAUCAUGUAA